CGUCUCCUUUCUCCGCCGUCGUUUGAGGUGAUUGGCGUCUAUAUUCUCUCUUCCCCUGCUGCAACUUAGCUGUCAACGGGUCUUACUCUUUCUUCUCCAUCUUCGGCUAAGUCAAUUUGUAAGCAAUUUUCUCUCAACCAGCGUAAAUCACAUUAGAUUGGAUUUCAUAAAAAAUAGAGCCACAGUGGAGGAUCUGUUGGGUUUUAAAUUAUUAAAUUUAGUUGGUUAAAUUUUGUUGCAACUAAAUCUUAGUUUUCUUAUGAUAAAUUGGAAAGUUGAUUGGUUUCAAUAGAAUAAGUUGGGAAUGUGUAUUCUGAUUUCCUGCAGUGGUCGACAUGGAUUCGUGGUAGCAAUAACAGGUAUAGAGAAUAUUGGGAAAGGCUUGAUUCGCGAUGGUACUGGAUUUGUAACAUUCCCUGUGAAGUAUCAAUGUGUUGUCUUUAGACCAUUUAAAGGCGAGAUCUUAGAAGCUGUUGUGACUAUGGUCAACAAGGCAACUGUCUUCUAUUUGCUACUCUCCUGACUUAAUGAUAAGAUUAUCUUAUGAACCAUGGAUUUCUAUUGUUUUACUGAUAACUGCAUUUGGGAUUCCCACAGACGGGAUUCUUUGCAGAAGCUGGACCUGUUCAAAUUUUUGUUUCAAACCAUUUGAUUCCAGAUGACAUGGAGUUUCAAUCUGGAGAUAUUCCCAAUUAUACUACUUCAGAUGGAUCGAUAUGUUCUUUUUAGUCUUACUUAUGCUUCUUCCAUGUUAAGAUUCAGAAGGAUACCGAAGUCCACCUGAAGAUAACUGGAACUCAAGUAGAUGCCACAGAAAUUGUAUGUGCUCACCCAUUCGUGUUUAAAUUAUUACAUCACUUCCUAGCAAUUCAUUUGUACGCCUUUUUUGUUUUUAAUUAUAGGUUUUCAAGUGUUCUUAUUAUCUUUGUUGUGUUAGAAUGUUUUUGAUUGUUGUUCGCUGUUUCAAUAAGACGACUAUUUUUUC